GUGAUGUCAUUUCUGGCGCGCCGCAUCCGAGUUCCGGCGCCCUAGUGGCGAGUUUCUCGCACCGAGCGGGCCGCUCGGUUUGGUCGGCUGCGCCGGAGAGAGUGACAGGCCAUGUCGCUGUCCCACUUGUACCGGGACGGGGAAGGCCACAUGGAUGAUGACGAGGAUGAGCGGGAGAACUUUGAGAUCACCGACUGGGAUCUCCAGAAUGAAUUCAACCCCAACCGGCAGCGCCACUGGCAGACCAAGGAAGAGGCCACCUACGGAGUGUGGGCAGAGCGAGACUCGGACGAGGAGAGGCCCAGCUUUGGAGGCAAACGGGCCCGCGACUACUCGGCACCUGUCAACUUCAUCAGCGCGGGGCUCAAGAAAGGGGCGGCAGAGGAGGCGGAGCUGGAGGACUCCGACGAAGAAGAGAGACCCGUGAAGCAGGAGGAGUUUCCGAAAGAUUUCGGCCCCAAGAAGUUAAAAACGGGUGGCAAUUUUAAGCCCAGCCAGAAAGGUUUUGCAGGAGGAACCAAGUCUUUCAUGGAUUUUGGCAGCUGGGAAAGACACACAAAAGGAAUCGGACAGAAGCUUCUUCAGAAAAUGGGCUACGUCCCUGGAAGGGGCUUGGGGAAGAAUGCUCAAGGCAUCAUUAACCCAAUCGAGGCCAAGCAGAGGAAGGGGAAGGGCGCGGUGGGGGCGUACGGCUCGGAGCGCACCACGCAGGCCCUGCAGGACUUCCCCGUGGUUGACUCAGAAGAGGAGGCCGAGGAGGAAUUUCAGAAGGAGCUGAGCCAGUGGAGGAAAGACCCUAGCGGAAGCAAGAAGAAGCCCAAGUAUUCCUACAAGACCGUGGAAGAGCUGAAAGCCAAGGGCAGGAUUAGCAAGAAGCUCAGCGCUCCCCAGAAGGAGCUUUCCCAGGUCAAGGUCAUAGACAUGACGGGCCGGGAGCAGAAGGUCUACUACAGCUACAGCCAGAUCAGCCACAAGCACAGCGUCCCUGACGACGGGCUGCCGCCGCAGGCGCAGCUGCCGCCCCCGCCCGGCAAGGAGGCCCGGGCGCCCGGCUUCGCGCUGCCCGAGCUGGAGCACAACCUGCAGCUGCUCAUCGAGCUGACGGAGCAGGAGAUCAUCCGCAACGACCGGCAGCUGCAGUACGAGCGGGACGUGGUGGUGAACCUGACGCACGAGCUGGAGAAGGCGGCGGGGGCGCUGCAGCAGGAGCAGCGGGCCAUCGCCAGCCUCAGCGAGGUGCUGGCGCUCGUGGAGGAGUGCGAGCGGCGCCUGCAGCCCGGCUGCAGCGACCCGCUCACUCUGGACGAGUGCGCACGCGUCUUCCAGACGCUGCGCGACAAGUACUACGAGGAGUACCGGAUGUCCGACCGCGUGGACCUGGCCGUGGCCAUCGUCUACCCGCUCAUGAAGGACUACUUCAAGGAGUGGGACCCCCUCAAGGACUGCACCUAUGGCACGGAGACCAUCUCCAAGUGGAAGGGCCUCCUGGAGAACGACCAGCUCCUGUCGCACGGCGGGCAGGACCUCUCGGCGGACGCCUUCCACAGGCUGAUCUGGGAGGUCUGGAUGCCGUUUGUCCGGAGCAUUGUCGCACAGUGGCAGCCGAGGAACUGCGACCCGAUGGUGGACUUCCUGGACAGCUGGGCACCCCUCAUCCCCGUGUGGGUGCUGGACAACAUCCUGGAGCAGCUCAUCUUCCCCAAGCUGCAGAAGGAGGUGGAGAGCUGGAACCCGCUGACGGACACCGUGCCCAUCCACUCGUGGGUCCACCCGUGGCUGCCCCUCAUGCAGGCACGCCUGGAGCCGCUCUACUCCCCCAUCCGCAGCAAGCUGGCUAGCGCCCUGCAGAAGUGGCAUCCCAGCGACUCCUCGGCCAAGCUCAUCCUCCAGCCCUGGAAAGACGUCUUCACCCCUGGCUCCUGGGAGGCCUUCAUGGUUAAGAACAUCGUGCCCAAGCUGGGGAUGUGCCUUGGGGAGCUGGUCGUCAACCCCCACCAACAGCACAUGGAUGCCUUCUACUGGGUCAUCGACUGGGAGGGGAUGGUCUCCGUCUCCAGCCUGGUGGGUCUCCUCGAAAAGCACUUCUUCCCCAAGUGGCUGCAGGUGCUGUGUUCCUGGCUGAGCAACAGCCCCAAUUACGAGGAGAUCACCAAGUGGUACCUGGGCUGGAAGUCCAUGUUCUCGGACCAAGUGCUGGCGCAUCCGUCCGUCAAGGACAAGUUCAACGAGGCUCUUGACAUCAUGAACAGGGCGGUGUCCUCCAAUGUCGGUGCCUACAUGCAGCCUGGCGCGCGCGAGCACAUCGCCUACCUCACGCACACGGAGCGGAGGAAGGACUUCCAAUACGAGGCCAUGCAGGAGCGGCGCGAGGCUGAGAACAUGGCCCAGCGGGGCAUCGGCGUGGCUGCCAGCGCCGUGCCCAUGAACUUCAAGGACCUCAUCGAGACCAAGGCCGAGGAGCACAACAUCGUCUUCAUGCCAGUCAUCGGGAAGCGGCACGAGGGCAAGCAGCUGUACACCUUCGGCCGCAUCGUCAUCUACAUCGACCGGGGUGUGGUGUUCGUGCAGGGCGAGAAGACCUGGGUGCCCACCUCGCUGCAGAGCCUCAUUGACAUGGCCAAGUAGGCCACACCUGCCGGGGGCGCGCGGGGGCACAAACGGUGUCUGCAUCAGAGCCGGCGGGCGCCCCGCAUCCCCUCACAGCCAGCUCAGGUCAGCGCGGGAGGCUCCUCUGACUUCUUCCUGAUGAUCUCGAGGUCCUCACAGUCCUGGUAAUCUGGCUCUUCCCGAAACGCCCAAGUGUCCGUGGGCAGCUGGGUUAGCUUUUGCACAGGAAACCAGUGGAUGGAGGUGUCGUUAAAUAUGUCCAUGUACCUUGGGGUCUGAGGGAACACCACCUCCUCCAGGCCUGUCAGAAUCUGAGCAGAAAGAUUCAAAAGUAAAACAAGCUUGGCACGCGCGGUAAGUCCCA